CUGGGCAACAAUAACAGAAACUCAAGACAGAAAUCAGAAUACUGUAAACUGGUAAAAGGAUAGGAAAUUAGGCGCAAGGCCAGGCGAGCGAUGCAUUGGGUAUUAUCUGAGUGAUAGGAACCAAUGCGACCUACGAGCCAACCGCCGACCUGCAUGUGAGUAUGGCACUUCUUUUCCUACUGGCCAUACUACCACUUUGCGUUGGCUUUCGCUAACGAGUUCAAUCCCCGCUUCACACGAUAGUCCCCAGGGUUCACUAAGCCGGGCGGCAUUUCUGGCCUCUGAGCCAGUGAGAAUGGCUGGAAGAUGUGCAGAGCGCUGCAGCUCACAGACUCAUCCUUGCUCUGCCCCUGUCGGUGAUCUGGUGAAGCCAAUGAACGGGCGCUUACAUGGCUGGGCGACUCGCCAGCUGUGUGUGGUAUUGCGAAUGAUUCGCUCCAUGACCACCAAUUGGGGGCCUCGACGGCUGGGAGGACCCGGGACUACUGUAGGCGACAAGGGUCACUUAGCUCCCGACCUUUCACUGGCGGAGAACAUGGCACACUGCAGAUACAUAAGCGCUGACAAUAAGAGCUGGGUCAACUCUCACCAAUCCGAUCUGAUAGCGAAAGCGCGCAAUAGUGCGGCACCAAUCGAGAGAGUAUCAUCGGCAUCUUUUCAAGAUCCGGCCACGCCUGCUUUUGGGGUCCAGUCAUUUGUGGGGGCUAUUUUGGGAGACCUCCACGAUGCAUGUCAGAAUCUUUGUGCUCCUUUCCCGCGUUGCACUUUCCCAAAUACAGCUGUGCAGUAAUCAAUAGACGAGUUUUCUGUCGAAUGACUAUCAUAAGUUGGCUCCCAGUCACCGUUGGAA